CGUCUGUGUGUGUAUAUAUGUGUGUACUAUUUUUUUUAUUUUAUUAAAAAAAAAAAACGCCCUUUAAUUAUCUAAAAAAAAAUUAUACAUCAUGGGUGAAAAAGAAGAAUUCUAUGUUCGUUACUAUUCUGGACACAAGGGACGUUACGGCCACGAAUUUUUGGAAUUUGAAUUUAGAUCCGAUGGUCUUUGUCGAUAUGCUAAUAAUUCCAACUACAGAAACGAUAGUUUAAUCAAGAAAGAGAUGUACGUGAGUCAAGCUGUCAUUGAGGAAUUAAAGAAGAUUAUUCAAGAUAGUGAAGUCAUGAAGGAAGAUGACAGCCAAUGGCCUACCAAGAAUGUGGUUGGAAGUCAAGAAAUUGAAGUUCGUCUUGGUAAUGAACACAUUUCCUUUGAGACAUCCAAGUUGAGUUCGCUUGUGGAAGUACAGGAGAGUAAGGAUCCUGAAGGUUUACGUGCAUUUUACUAUCUCGUUCAAGAUUUAAAGGCCUUUGUGUUUUCUUUAAUUUCACUGCAUUUUAAGAUUAAACCUAUUAACUAGAAGGAGAAGAAUAAAUACACGAUCCCUUUUUUUUUUUUUUUUCCUUUUUUUUUAUAUUGAUAUAUAUAAAUAUAUAUAUAUAUAUAUAUUUG